AUGACCGAGCCCUCGACGGAGCAACCCUCCGAAACGCCAGUCGUCUUUCGCCGCGGUAAAAAGAAGAAGGCCGCUUACCGUCAGCGAGACAACGAGCCCGUCGACAAUGAUGUCGCGGCACCCACGACCACCGACGCGUCGACCGGGAACUCGCAGCCCGCCGCAGCCGAACCCAACUCGAGCGCCGCGGCCAACGUCCCCAUUAAGAAGGAGGACAGCGACGGCGAGAAGGAGCACGUCGACGAGGAUGAAGACGCGGGCCUGUCGGUGGCCGAGGUAUUGAGGUUGAGGAAUGCGCGUAAGGGCAAGACGCGCGGCGUCGACCUGCGCGCCGACUCGGUUUCUAAAGUCGUGGAUGAGCCUGCUCCAACGGAGCUGGUGGUCAAGGAGGAGAUGCCCGGCCCUGCGGCCGCUGUUGUUGCAGGCUUGGGCAGGCGAUUCGCGGCUCAGACCGGGCUGGUAGGCGAGCUCGUCAAUAGACACAUGGAGGAAUAUAUAGAAUCAGAGUUGGCUAGGCGGAAGCAGGCGACGGGUAUGACAACGACAGCCACUGCGUCUGGCUCAUCCGCAACCGCAUCACACGACAGGCUGCAAGAAAGCGACCAGGCUGCUGCUAGCGCUGCAGGAGGCCUUGUCGCCGAGACGCCGGCGCAGCCCGCCACCCGCGGCAAGCUGCACGAGGUAGACCUCGGCCAGGAGAUGCGCCAGCGCAACGUUGUCGAAACACGGCGUGCCGCGAAGCGUCUCAGAGGUGAGGAGGUUGGCGAAGACGGCGCCGACGCAAGCGAAGCAGACAAGGGGAAGCCUGCCAAGCGGAACCGCCGGCCUAGUGAGGACGCUCUUCGCGACAAGAUGGUGGAGCAGUUCCUACUCGAAAACAAAAUGGAAAACUACCAAAUGGAAGAUAUCCAACAGCCGGAAGACGGAAGGCCGCACGACGCAAGGGUGGCCGAGGAGUUUCGCCGCGAGUUCAUGGAAGCCAUCUACCAGCGCAACCGCCGCCGACGACCAGCCAUCAACCAGCACAAGCGGGCCCCAAAGAGGGACGAGUCAGAGAUCCUCAAGGGACCCAAGCUCGGCGGCAGCAGGAAUUCGAGGGCUGCCAUCCGCGAUAUCUUGCUGAAACAGGCAAACGAGAAGCGGGCGGCGGAACGAUCGUGA